AUGCCUUCAUCAGCGCCCUAAGGAAGAAAUGAAAUAAUCUCUAGACCAAUUUCCUUUUUGGUCUCAGAGAAAGAGAUGGCGUCGUCAUCCAAGAUGCGCUCCGGCCUAGACAGGCGCGUGAUGCCUGCUCUUGCUGCAUCCGACACAGGUACUCUUCCACUAGACACUAUUUAUGAGAUCCUGUUGCGCCUCCCGGCUAAGGAUCUUUGCCGCCUGCGCAUCGUGUGUCGGCCGUGGCAGGCCCUCCUCUCAGAUCCGCAGUUCAUCGUGGCCCAUGCCACACGCCACCCGGGGCCCCUUCUCAUUGCUGCUUAUAGGGAUAACGAGAAAAAUGGCAGCCUUGUGGAAAUCAUGGAUCUGUCUGGCCAGAGCCUUAAGAAGGUGCCUAAGAAGUAUGGCGAUAGGGUUGUCAGCAUGGCGAAAGAUCUUGUUCAUGUCAGUAAUAUAGGAUGCUUCAACAGCAGAUUGUUGAACCCAGCUACUGGAACUAUGUAUUGCUUCUCAGAUAGGAAACAACAAGGUGCCUCUUAUUUAUUUGGACAGACAGCAAGCAAAGGCGAGCAGAAGGUGCUUCGAAGGUUUGAUAAGAUUGGUUCAGGUAGGAGUAUUCAUGAGUUGGUUGAGGUCUUCACGCUCAACAACGGCAGCCAUGCAAUGUGGAGGAAAAAACAGGCCCCUCCACAGAGGGUUGCGACCAAUAAGUGGACUGAUGUGGUCAUUGAUGGGGUUGCCUACCUUUUGUCUUGGAAUGCCUUUUAUGAGCUGGCCUUCUCUAGGGAAGUUAACAGGGAAGACAUGAUAAUAACAUUUGACCUUGAGACAGAGGAAUGGGGGACUAUCUUGGGACCCAAUAUCAGCUUUCUUGGUAAUGCUUUUCAGGUGCUUCAUGGCGUUUGUUCUCCAAUACCAAGGAGUCUUACCUUGGCUGACCUGAAUGGCUCUUUGGCUGUUGUGUGCUUGUAUGGCAUAAUCCCUAGAAUGGACAUAUGGAUUUCGACAGACAUUGCGAAGGGAAACUGGGUCAAUCAGUAUCACAUAAGAUUUGAACAAUAUGACAUGCGGAUUUCCUAUGUGCAUCCUGUGGUGGUCCUAGAUGACCAAACUCUAGUCAUAUAUAUAGAAGACAAGGAAUUAUUACAGAUUUAUAACCCAAGAAGCAAGACUUUCACAAAUGUUGUGGAGCUGGAGCACUGCUCUUCAAUUUGUUUGUAUACAGGAAACCUGCUGAGCUUGGUGUGUUGAGAAUAAAUGAUGUACUUCUUAUUUACUGGUGGUAAGGAAAUGAUCUAUACCAAUAGGAGAUGUCGAUCAGAGUAAAGUUUAGCCUUUGAAGCUGUUUCCGCUUGAGAUGUUGGUCUGAUUAUUGUUAUCAUCAAGGGUGAUAGAGACUGUGCACAUCCCUUUUCAGUUUCAGCAUGUCAGCCGGUGAUGUAUGGCCAAAGAAUUAUUUAUUUCCUUAUAAUGUUGGCUCUUUACCCCAUGUUUCAUAUGUUCUGCUGGAUUGAGUAGGUGUUAUGUUUACUGUUCUGCGAGGUUAAGAAAGUUUGCGACAACGCACAUAUGGGAUAACUGAAU